AUGGUCUCCACGAGCAAGAUCAAAUCCGUUGACUUCUAUAGGAAAAUCCCGAGGGAUUUGACAGAGGCAACUCUAUCUGGAGCUGGAUUGUCCAUUGUAGCAGCACUCUCUAUGUUAUUUUUAUUCGGAAUGGAGUUGAAUAAUUAUUUGGCUGUAAGCACUUCCACAUCCAUCAUUGUUGACAGGAGCGCUGAUGGAGACUUCUUGCGCAUAGAUUUUAACAUAAGCUUCCCUUCACUUUCAUGUGAAUUUGCAUGUGUGGAUGUCAACGACGUAUUAGGAACUAACAGGCUAAAUGUAACGAAGACAAUUCGGAAGUUUUCUAUUGAUUCGAAUUUGAGACCAACUGGUUCUGAGUUUCACUCCGGGGAAGUUUUAUCGCUCAUUAAUCAUGGAGAUGAAGCUGGUGAAGAAGUAGUUGAAGAUUCUGUAGCACUCACUGGCCGCAACUUUGAUACAUUGUUACAUGAGUAA